AUGAACAGGAAGUCGCAAAAUCCUUUUUCGUGUAUAUACCUGCUGACCUUAGCACGUCUGUUCAUUUCUAUCUAUCUAUCUAUCUAUCUAUCUAUCUAUCUCCACAUGCUUAAGUCUAUCUAUCUAUCUAUCUGUCGCAGCCUGUUCAUAUCUAUCUAUCUAUCUAUCUGUGCAAGAUCAAUAAUGGCAGCAGCAACAAUGCAGAAAAUGGUGAAUAAUCAAUCAAAUGCACACUCUUUUUCCAAACCAUUCAUCAAGCUGAAAAACUUAUUGAAGAACACUGAUGUGUAUGAUACUCUCCACCAUAAAGCCAUUGUUCCAACCGAAUGCGAAAAGAAUAGAUGCUUAGCUUCUAAAUAUUACCCACCAUUUGAACGUCCACCCAUGGUCGUUCGACCCACAAAAGAAGUCCUGUGUCAAGCUGGUCAGUUUUUGGACGAAUAUUACACGUCAAUCGGGAAGGCCAAUAGCGUUGAGUACCAGGAAAGACUAAAGGAUAUUAUCGAAUCCGUGACGAAAACUGGUACCUAUGACAUGACUCGAGAAGAAAUUGAAUUUGGUGCCAAGACAGCAUGGCGUAACACUCCACGCUGCCUGGGAAGAAUUCACUGGCAGACGCUCAAGAUUUUUGAUGCGCGGCAUGUGAAAACAAGCAAAGAAAUGUUCGAGCACAUUUGUGAAAUGAUGAGAUAUGCAAACAAUAAUGGCAACAUCAGGUAA